AUGCACACUGUAAAUCUUACUUGCUACAAUACCCGGGAAACAGAAGUCUUAUCAGCACUGACUUCAGCGUUAGAUUCUCUUUUUUCCACCUCAAGUCAGAUAUUCAAUAAAGUGGAAGAACGGAUCAACGAGUGUCAAACACGACUCAAUGGCUAUCAACGGAGGUUUCAGGCGAUCACUGAAAACAUCGAGACACUUCAGGAGGUAAUUUUAGAGUAAAGUCUCAUUCGAUGUUUAGAUGGAGAAUCCCGUCAUUAUUUAUGUCUCCGAAUUCCCAAGAACGCAUAUAACAGAACGGAAAUUGGUCAUCACCAAACCAUCUCACACAAAAUCACCUCUUAUAACUGCUCCUUCGAGGAUAACCUGUACCCCGGAACAGUUCCUGAAGACUCGGAAAGUCAAUUCCGUGGGGAAUAUCUAUAAAUUCAAUGAAGGUGGGUCAAAAAUAAAUGAAUCACGGAUUUGCAGAGAAUCACAAAGCAAAUAUGUUGUUCAAUAUGGAGAUGAUCAGGGUUGAGAACAUAUUAUUACGAGCAAAAAAUGUUUCAAACUCUGGAAGGGCAUUAGAAAAAGUGGAAGAUGACAUUCUCCGUAGAUCUUUGUUAGCAACAGAGCAAGAAGACGUUGCAGGAGACGAUGAAUUCGAAUAUAAGCAACCGUCUGAGAGUCCGACAGAGUUUGAUCUUCCAGACAUCCUUCCAGGUACCUCGAUCAGCAUGAGACAAUUAUUUUUUAGGGAUUGAGAUUCAAAACAUUUCGAUGUUCGGAAAUGAUGAGUUCAGUGAUGAUGAUGAGGACAUGUUUGGUGCGAGCUCAACGCAUAAAACCAGCUCCAAUUCUCGAGAACCAUCAGCGUUUGACUUAACAGAGUCCCCGCGCAAGAUUGAUAUUGUUUUAGAGGAGAAAAAAGAAACUCCGGACCUUGCUACACAUACCCAGCCAAAAGAAGUUGUUUCUCAACCCUCAUUGUCUCCAGUCAGUCCUCCCCCUCCUCCUCCACCACCGCCACCUCCAACCCUCUUCGCCAAUGUUUCUCCUCCUCCGAUCGCUGGAAGAUCCAGUCUCAUGGAAGCAAUAAGAGCUGCCGGAGGAGCAGAUAAAGCGAAAUUGAAGAAGAUAACGGCCGAAAAGGUGGUGGAAGAGAGUCCAAAACCGAGUGUAUCUCAAGGGGAUGACCUUAUGGGUUCUCUUGCAAAAGCCUUGGAGAAAAGAAGGAAGGGUCAGUGUAACAUUAGUCGGAUUAUAUUCAUCUUACAGGUAUCUCUGGUAACACUAAGAAAAAGUUUGAUGCGUUGGAAAAGAGGUCUAAGGGACCGGGUCCAAGCCUGUUCAGUUCGAUGCGAGAGGUUAUAAACACCAAAGUUAACCAUGAUAAUUCUUCUGGUUCGGAGGAAGAGGAAGAUUGGAAUUAA